UCGCUCUCUCACUUGCAUCUAGCUGACACUCGCACAACAGAGGCAACCACAAAGGCCUUUGCUGAGGAGAAGGAUUAAGUUUAAGCACACAUAGAGUGACGUCUCAAGGAAAAGCGCCAGACAAAGAAAGGUGUGGGAGGUAAAAGAGCCUAUCUUCUACAGAGAUCCUGCAGUUAUGAUAGCAAUUGCAUCAUGUAUUAGUUAAACUAAUGUGUGUGAAAUCAAUGUUCCAUCUUAAAGAAGGAUCACCCAGACAACAGAUGUAAAGGGAAUGCUUCAAAAUGGUGCUGGAACACACAAAGGUGGAGAUAACUGGAGUAGUCACCAAAAUCAGUACCAAGAGGAAGACUGUUCUACCUUUUCCAGCAUGCAGAUGAAGGCCAGAGGAAGCAGUUCAUCUCUGAUCUCAGGCAAACCCAUGGCUACCAAGGUGUCUGUUGCCUUGGACAGUGAUUUCAGAGGUUCUGGCUCAUCUCACAUUCAAAAUUCCAUUCUUCAACAGGAGACUGCCAGUGAAAACACAAGCAAACAUUUCAGACAGCACAGACCAUCAGUACUACGCAAAGGCAACCAGCCGUUCCCACAAGGUACUGCUUGUGGUGUUCAUGACUGGGUUGUGGGCACUGUGUGUAAGACAGAACCUGACAGUGCCCUGUCAGACCCUGUGCCACUUUACACCAACCAAUCAGAAAGUCCUCAGCCUGGCAGCACAGAGCAUACUGGGAAGCAUGCAUACAGUCUUCCAGGUGGCUUUCUGUGUGUUAAAGGACAAUGUGGAUGGCCUGGGUGCUCAAAGAGCAGAGAAGUGUUCAAAGAAUAUGGACAUUUCUUAAAACACCUUUCUACUGACCAUGCUCCUGGAGACAGAAGUAUAGCCCAGUUGAGGAUCCAGAAAGACAAAGUACAAUACAUGGAGAAUCAGUUGAUUGCAGAGAGACAGAAACUGCAGGCCAUGCAACUACACCUGUUUGACGUGAAAUCUACCUCUGAGGAUGGUAACAGUGUGGAGAAGUCAGGACAUCUGUCAGAACUCCUGCAACCUGCAGCAUGUCAGAACGCAAAUGGUGUCUAUGACAGUGACAGAGCGGCAGCUGAAGCGCUAACACAAGGAUACUGGCAGAUCUCUACCUCACAAGUUAUACCAGGGAUUAUCCCCAGUUUUGAGUAUUAUAAGUUCACAAACAUGAGGCCACCUUUCACCUACGCCUCCAUGAUACGAUGGGCGAUACUGGAGUCCCCAGAGAAGCAGCUUACUCUGAACGAAAUCUAUCACUGGUUUACCCGCAUGUUUUUCUACUUUCGUCACAACACCGCCACAUGGAAGAAUGCUGUUCGGCAUAACCUCAGUCUUCAUAAGUGCUUUGUGCGCGUUGAAGGAAGAAAAGGUUCUGUUUGGACCGUGGAUGAAGAGGAAUUUCUGAGAAGAAAAGGACAAAAGUUUCACAGGGAUCAGGAUAUGGGCUGGAUGGCACCUUUUCACGUGUUUCCUGUGACUCCACAAGGUGAAACUUAUCAGAUGCGAGGCCCAAAUGGACUCUCAUGAAGAGAUUACAAUCGCAUUUCAACCACUAACAAUAUUAACAACUUUAGUAAGAAUGAU